AUGCAGCCCACUCGUAGAGAUUUGUCGAAAGACUCUCAAAGAAGACGAGGCGGAUUCAAUAUAGGUCCAGCUUCGACGAAAAAACGUUUGGAUACAAGGCCAGGUCUUGAGCCACUAAGGGAUGGCGACGACGUUAACCUAGCCUCGGAAUCGGAAGAUUUCGGUGGAGCUAAUGCUAAUAAAGGUGCGCAGCGGUCAAGAAUGAGUAAAGAAUCCACUACAAAAACAUCAAGUGGUAGCCGGGAAGGAGGCGGUCAGGGAUGCAUUCUUUGUGCCAUAUGCGUGCUAAUUAUCUUGUUGAUGCUCACAUCGACAGCAACAGUAAUAGUUGUUUUACAUUGGAGCGGCACGAUCAAGUGGAUUCCGCCGCUGUAUGAUCUACUCUAUGAAUGA